UCCGCUUCUACUGUACGCCUGUACGGUUGCUUUGGAAAUAAAAGCAAUCUUCGUUUUUUUUUCCUUCUCUGGAAUUGGAAUUGCGGUUGGAAGGAGAAGAAUUGAAGAAUGCCGGUGGCGAAACCUGAAUCUUCUGGUGCGAGAGUCAUCGCCCACGUUGACAUGGACUGCUUCUAUGUCCAAGUGGAGCAGCGGAAGCAGCCACAUUUGAGGGGCUUACCUACUGCUGUGGUACAGUACAAUGAGUGGAAAGGUGGAGCCUUGAUAGCUGUUAGCUAUGAGGCACGCAAAUAUGGUGUGAAGCGUUCAAUGCGAGGUGAUGAGGCAAAGCAAGUUUGCCCACAAAUUCAGCUGGUCCAGGUCCCUGUAGCCCGUGGUAAAGCCGACUUAAAUGCGUACCGUAAUGCAGGUUCAGAGGUGGUUUCGGUUCUUGCAAGGAAGGGUCGAUGUGAGAGAGCUUCAAUUGAUGAAGUGUAUCUAGACCUAACUGAUGCUUCUGAGCAUAUGCUAGCAGAGAAUCCUCCUGAAAGCUUAGAAUUAAUCGAUGAGGAAGCUCUCACGUCCCAUGUUUUGGGCCUCAAGGAGGAUGGCAGUGACACCAAAGUAAACACGAGGGAGUGGUUAUGUAGGGCUGAUGCGGAGUACCGGGAUAAGUUAUUAGCUUGUGGGGCCAUUAUUGUUGCUGAAGCAAGGAUGCAAGUUUUGAAGGAGACUGAAUUUACAUGCUCUGCUGGAAUUGCACAUAAUAAGAUGCUGGCCAAACUCGCUAGUGCCAUGAAUAAACCUGCACAACAAACUCUUGUGCCCUCCUCAUCUGUAGAAGGAUUGCUCAGUUCCUUUCCAAUAAAAAAAAUGAAACAGCUUGGAGGAAAGCUGGGGAGUUCAUUACAAAGUGACCUGGGUGUGAGCACUGUGGGAGAACUUUUGCAGUUUUCAGUGGAGAAGCUUCAAGAAUGUUAUGGAAUAAAUACUGGUACUUGGUUAUGGAAUAUUGCAAGAGGAAUCAGUGGGGAAGAAGUUGAGGGACGCCUUCUGCCUAAGAGCCAUGGUUCUGGGAAGACAUUUCCUGGCCCUCGGGCUUUAAAGACAAUUGCUUCUGUUCAGCACUGGCUCAAUCAAUUAUGCGAAGAGCUCAGUGAACGUCUUUGCUUUGACUUGGACCAAAAUAAGCGGAUUGCACAUACUCUCACUCUACAUGCUAGAGCAUAUAAUUCCAGUGAAGCUGGUACGCAUAAGAAGUUCCCUUCCAAGUCUUGUCCAUUAAGGUAUGGCGCUGCAAAGAUUCAAGAAGAUGCUUUCAACCUUUUUCAAGCUGGAUUGCGUGAGUACUUGGGGCCACAUGGGAUUAUGGGUCAAGGAAGUCAACAUACUAAGUGGGGGAUAACAUCUCUAUCCAUUUCAGCAAGUAAAAUUCUUGCUAUUCAAUCUGGAACAUGUUCAAUCAUGAAAUACUUUCGUGGCCAAAAUUCAUCUGAGUGUUUGCCGAUGCCGUUAACUGAUAACUUCAGCAAAGAAACUAUUGCUCUGUCACCAACAGGUAGUGGAGGCUUUACAGAAUUCAUUUCAACUGAGCCACACACUGAAUUGCCUGAGAAUGCCUGCUUUCAGUCUGGAUUGGGUCUAGAAGAGCAGGAAAUGGUCAGAGGAAGAGACCAGGUUUAUAAUACUCAUAAGGAAGUGUUGUGCUCUUCCUCAAAGCAGGCACGAGAUAAGUUAACGCGAGAAACUUCACCAUUGUCAUUGGAAGGUAUCCAUCCAAGGACUGCAGGCUGUCACAUACUGAACCAAAAUAAUCCAGAAAGAGACUUCCGUAGGGAUGAGCCUAUACUCAAGAUUGACAUGCCCAAUAUGGAAAAACAGGAACACAGAAGGAACACAAUGAAGGACAAGGGCACAUAUUCGAUAUUGAAAUAUCUCAAAAGCUCUAGCCCUUCUUGCUCUUCGCAAAAAGAGGGGUGCGCUGGAAGUGUCCAGGAUGCCAAAGCUUCAUUAUUGUUAGGUGGUGGCGUUGGAUCUGUUAUCGGUAGCUGUUCAGAGUUUAAUGACGCUGUUCUGCCCCAAGAAAAUCCUCUUGCUGAGCUUGGGAGCAGUAAUGGCAGGCAUAGCUCAGAUCAACAUGAACGAAGAAGAAAAGCAUGGAGUUACAAUAUCAAUGAAAUUGACCAAUCUGUCAUUGAUGAGUUACCACCAGAACUCCAGGUGGAAAUUCGUGCUGCACUUCGGCCUCAUAAGCGACCUAAUACAGCUAAACGAGGCUCAAGCAUUUCUCAUUAUUUCUCACCUACUAAAAAUUCAUAGGCACUGCAGCCGAAUGAAAUCAGCUUGUACGUAUAGUUGUGUUGCUUUCCAAUUACUGUAGAUCAAUUGACUUCCUGAUGUAGGUGGAUUUUGGUUAAUUUAGUCGGAAUGAUGGAAUGUAGAAAACCAGGAAAAAUUGUGGAGUCUCGAGUAUUUGAUGUAAAUUAAGGAACUGAUAAUCUACUCUGUAAGAAGUUGCAAAAUUUGAUGAAAUACAAGCAACAAAUAGUGGAUUUGUUACAAACUGCCCAAA